CUUCCUCAUUUCUACUUUUUCUUCCUCUUCCUCUUCUUCUUAUUAUUAUUUCAACCUAUAGUCGAUACCCUCAACAUAUCUUAUUUUUUUUUUUUUAUUAUUUGGUUAUUUAUUAUAUUGAAAAACAUUGUCAUGCCAUCUUCCCUAGAUUCACCUUCAAGUGACAAAACCAACUUAAUAAUGAACAAUAAUUCAUCUCCAUUGGAGACGACCCUGGAAAACCCUGAUCAAGUGAUGGAUAUGUUUUUACAUCAAGUGACCGAAUAUAAUGCACAACAACUUUCUUUUGAUGACAGAAUGGCAAACGCAAACGACUUUAGUAGCUCCCAUUUUUUUUCUUCCAAUGUCGACCAUAAUGGUAUCAAAGUAGAAUCAACUUCUCAAGAUCUAUCUCACUUUUCAAUGCCAACGUCCUUUUUAGGGGGACUUGAAGAUCAGUCCAUUUCUACUCAAGCACAAGUUUCUUCUUCCUCUUCAGCGGUAUCUAUUCAACAAGAACAACAGAAAACAACUGAAGAUAAUAAUACAACAAAACGACAUUCCAAACAAAAGUCAAAAGAGGGUUCCUCACUAUUACAUGUUUUCACCAAUCCCUUAUUACAUGCUAUUCCGAUGCUUGCAAGAAAUUGUUUAAACUUUGAAGACUUUUUGACUCAAGCUGCUAUUCAAGGACAAAAUGGUUUGCUGGGUUCCAAAGAUGGCAACAAAACCAAUAAUGGAUAUACAACUCCUGAUAGUUUGAUAUUGGAUCCAACUAGUGAUAAAUCACUGAUGAUGACCAAACCUGAAUGUCCUUGGCAUGUGAAGGUACUUGGUUUACCUUUAACUGGAGCAAAAUCUCGUGUGGAAACUCAAAUCAAGAUAUGCUUACAACUUACAAACUCUGCUGGAGAAUUAGCAACUAAUUGGUCACAUCUGAUACUUCCGGAACAUAUGGUGGCAAGGGACAAACUUAAACGGCGAAAUCAAAAAUAUACAAAUACUGGUGAACUUCAUGCAUCUGAUGAAAAAUCAACUUUGGCAGAUUCCGAUUUAUUGAAACUAGAAGCUGCUGUUGUAUGUGAUAGUCACGCUGACAACGAAAUCAUCAUGUGUUCAAGUUGUGUUCAUCGUGAGCGCAAACGAAUGAAAAGAAAACGUGACAAUAAAGUGGCGCGUGCGGCAAACAAGGAAGGGGGUGCUGCUAAACUUGCGGCUUUAUUUGCCAAUGAUCUACCUGAUUUGACAAAUGAAAACGUAAUGGCUGAAGAACGAAAGAAAAUUCUGCUCUUCAACUGCAGCGAAUAUGUCGAAUUCAACAAUGGAGAAGCUACUUUACCAACAAGAGUUACAUGUUACUGUAGACAUCACAGCGAAAAAGUUGGAUUUAGAAUUGUCUUUACUAUCAAGGAUUGUCACAAUCAUGUAUUAGGAACUGGAAGAUCACCACCCAUUAUGAUAACUGACGAUCACAAGAGUUCCAAAGCUCAAUCUGCUACACCAGCUCCUCAAUCUGUACCAGCAACAUCACAACCAACAACAAGUAGAAAACGAAAGAAUUCGAUUGGAAACAAUGUCUACACAAAAAUACUUCAACAACGAAAAACAACGGAAAACAGCAACAAGAAUAGUGUACCUCGAUUACAUCGACUGAUACCUUCAGAAGGACCUAUUUAUGGUGGAUCAGAAGUGACGGUACUUGGAUCUAAUUUUUAUGAAGGUUUAACUUGUCUUUUUGGUGAAAAUCCUGCUAUACCUACACAUUGUUGGAGUGCCAAUACUCUUCUCUGUAUCCUUCCUCCUGCUGUCUCUGCUGGACCAGUUGUGGUAUCAUUUAAAGAACAUCCUCUUAUGUUGGAAGGGCAAGAUGUUGUAUUAUUUACUUAUUUUGAUGAAAGUGAUCGAGCUUUGAUGGAAUUGGCCUUACAAGUGGUGGGAUUGAAGACAAUGGGAAAAGUAGAAGAUGCUCGACAAAUUGCGAUGCGGAUAGUACAAGGUGAUAGUAAUAAUCAAGAUCGAAAGAACAACAAUAGCCGAAAUACAGCAACGUCAUCAACCCCAACGACGAAAAGCUUGGUUAAUACUCGAAAUGGAUCUCAUCGUCAACUUUGGAUUAAAGACUGUAUAUCGAUUACCAACCGCAACCGACAUACAUUACUUCAUUUGGCAGCCAUUCGUGGUUAUGCAAGAUUGGUACAUAUUCUUGUGCAUUUGGAUUGUCCGGUGGAUCAGAUGGAUCGUAAUGGGUUUACUGCUCUUCAUUUUGCUAGCUGGACUGGCAAGGUGGCUAUUGUCAAGGCUCUAUUGGAUAAAGCAGACUCUAGGAUUGAAACUGUAAGUGGAAAGACAGCUUUACAAUUGGCAACAGAUGCUGGUCAUGAAAAUGUAGUGGCUUUAUUCAACAAUAUGAAAAACAACAACAAUAACAACAAUAACAAUAGUCAAGUAUCUUCAUCACUAUUAUCGGUACCAUCUCGAAGGCGCUCAUCAAGUAUAUCUUCCAUAUCAUCCAUGUCAUCCUCAUCUGGAUCAUUUACGUCUGUUGCUGUUCGAGUACCACUGAUCGACAUUAUUCCUUCAUCAGCAGCUGUUUCUUCAGCCAAAUCUAUUCUACCUGAUAAGCUCUUCAACAUGUUAUCAUCUCUUUACACUAUCUCAAGUAAUACAUCAUGUAUCCAACAACUCAGCCAAUCUGUUACUACAGUUUAUACCUCCAUGUUGGACCCUUUUUGA